GGAGACUGAAGCCACCACUGUAUAAAAAGACAGAGAAGGCAAACCAACCACACAGGACAUCCAGAGGAAAAACCAGGACUAACAAAUCUGAAGGAGUUGAUCUUAACUGCAUCACAAUGGAAACUGAGAGGAAGACUCAAGCAGCAACAGAGCAGACUGCUGACAGGGAUCUGUCUGAACAAAUCAAGAAGGUGACAAAGGAGAGUCACGUCAGAGCAGAAAACACAGAGCUAAUGCUGAGCUUCCAGCGGGGACAAGUGACGCUUCCACAGUACAAGCUCCUCCUGUGCUCCCUGUAUGAGAUCUACAAAGCUCUGGAGGAAGAGCUGAGCAGGAACUCCAACCAUGCUGGUGUGGCGCCCAUUUACUUUCCAUCCGAACUGGCCAGGCUGGAGUCCAUUGAGAAAGACCUGGAGUAUUUCUACGGCACCAACUGGAGAGAGAAAAUAGUUGUUCCUGCCGCCACCAAGAGAUACUGUCACAGGCUCAGACAGAUCGGCAAAGAGUACCCCGAGUUUCUGGUGGCCCACGCUUACACCCGUUACCUCGGCGAUCUGUCUGGAGGCCAGGUUCUUGGUCGGAUUGCCCAGAAAUCCAUGGGGCUGAAAAGCAGCGAGGGUCUGUCCUUCUUUGCCUUCCCUGGAGUGUCCAGCCCCAACCUGUUCAAGCAGCUCUACCGCAGCCGAAUGAACAGCGUGGAGCUGACGGAGGAGCAGAGGAACGGCGUGCUGGAGGAGGCGGUCAGGGCCUUCGAGUUCAACAUCCAGGUCUUUGAUGACAUUGAGAAGCUGCUGGACGUCACAGAAAACAAGCUGCAGAAGAUUUUAACCUUCAAGUCAGGAGAGGCGAAAACACUCCACGUCCCGCUCAUCAGGAUGGUGCUGGGGCUUUUUCUGGCUCUGGCUACAGUCAGUGUGGGAUUCUACGCUCUAUAAAUGUAGACUUUUAGGUUUUUCCUUUGCACGGCCGAAACAAUUUAACUAUAAAUGCAUCACAUUUGUUAUUUCACAUCUCUGUAAAUGGAUCAAGUCUGUUAAGAAGAACUGUAAAUGUUACUGUGACACUGCAGCACUUUGUGUUUAAAUGGAUUACACUGUAAAACCACUGUAAAUAUAUUUUUUAAUUAAAAGAAUAUUUUUGAUUUAA